ACAGGAUGAGGAAGUGGCCUCUCUUUGAAACAUCUUCUUCUUUCACAUGUUAAACUUUCUCUUUCACACAGAGCCUACGUAUGAAAGUGACAAGGAGGAAGGAUACUAUCAAGUGAUGCAAACAGAAAUUCCACCAGCCUCCAGAUACCAUGUGUCAUAUUACGCGAAGCUGCGUGAGUUUGUGCUUCAGACUGCCUUGGUCACUUCCAGGUGAACAAGCUCAAGACUUUGCUCUCCAGCAGGAAGAAGAUGACCGACAGCGAGUUUGGCUAUAUUCACAUGCUGGCCCAGGACUACCUGAAGUACGUCUUGCAGAUACCGCAACCUGGAUCUGGUCCAAGCAAAACAUCCAGGGUGUUACAAGACGUUGCUUUCUCAGUCCAAAACGAAGUUGAAAAGAAUUUGAAACCAUGCUUGGACAAUAUUGAUGUUGUGUCCAUAGACACCGCCAGAACAAUAUUCAACCAAGUGAUGGAAAGGGAAUUUGAAGAUGGCAUCGUUAACUGGGGAAGGAUUGUGACCAUAUUUGCAUUUGAAGGCAUUCUCAUCAAGAAACUUCUAGGAAGGCGAAUUGCCCCAGAUGUGGACACUUACAAGGAGAUUUCUUACUUUGUUGCAGAGUUCAUAACCAAAAACACAGGAGAAUGGAUAAGGCAGAAUGGAGGCUGGGAAAAUGGCUUUGUAAAGAAGUUUGAACCCAAAUCUGGCUGGCUGACUUUUCUGGAAGUUACAGGAAAGACCUGUGAAAUAUUAUGUCUCCUGAAGCAGUACUAUUGACCAAAAAGGACACUCCAUAUUGUGAAAUCUGCCUAAUUUUCUUGAAUCGUACAAUAAGCACUUGCCAACACUUACUUCUACUUCUAAACAAAUAACUUUGAUGAUAUAACUUGACAUUCCAGAGUUAUGGGAAUUUUGUCCCCAUUUUAAUGAAUAAAUUGUAUGUAUUUGUUUCUAUACGUAA